AUGGCCCGUGCCGCCUCGGCGCUAGGCGUGCCGCCGCGCUCCCUCGCUCGCUCUCCGCCGUUUCCCCUCGAGAUUGAGCUGUUCGAGGAGAAGGAGGAGGAGGAGGCGGCGGACGAACCGCCAGUGCGCACGCUCUUCGUGCACGCCGCGCCGGAGGAGGGUGAGGAGGAGGAGGCGGAGGCGGCGGAGGAGGCGGCGGAGGAGGAGGAGGAGGAGGAGGAGGCGGCGGUGGUGCCUUUCGCGGCGGCGCUGGAGCAGCUGGCCAGGGCGCACGAGGCCUGCCUCGCCGCCGCGCAGCAGGAGAAAUGCCAGCUGCGCGCCGAGAUCUCCCGCCUCAAGGGCAGGAUUGGCAUGCUGAUGCUGGCGCUGCAGCGCAGCGGCAGCCCCGCGCCCAGCCCCAGGCGCGAGGCCGCGGCGGCAGGCUCGCCCGCCGCCCGCGGCGCGGCGAGGCCCACCGCCGCCGAGCGCCCCGCCGCGGCGGCCUGCGUGUCCCCGCAGCUGCAGAGCUCGCGCAGUGCAGGGGCGCCGCCGGAGGCCCCCGCCGCCACGAGGCCCAGCAACUCCCCGUCGCAGAGGCGGCCGCUGAGCCCGCGGGUCCCCGAGGUGCCCCGCCCCGCGCCGGCCCGCGCGCCGACGCCGCCGGAGGCGGAGGGCUCGCCCGGCGGGUCCCUCGGGAGGGCGGCCGGGGAGGCGGCGUCGGAGGCGGCCGGGGAGGCGGCGUCGGAGGCGGGGGGCGAGGAGGCGCCCGCGGCGGAGGAGAAGGAGGAGAGGGUGACGGUGCUGACCGUGUGCGGCAGCGAUCGCGGGGACGACGAGCUGAAGGACGACAGGAACACGCUCCUCACCGUGGAGGUGGCUUUCCAGACGAGCCCGGAGAAGAAUUGGUCCAGGUUGGUGGGCAAGUUCCUCAACAAUGUCGCCAACAAGGAGCUGCUCUGCCUCAACCCCGAUUGGGUCAAGUCGACGGAUUUUAUCCGCAAAGUGGAGCGUUCAUGGAACCAUGUUCCUGGGGCGACAGACAUCCUGGCCAACCCAGAAUUCAACCCGCGAGCACGCAAGAACACCGUCACCCUUGAGCACAGCACCUUCUUACGGCGGAGCAUCUUUUCGGGCUCCAGCUGGGGAACUCCUGGGCAGAGCUACCGCACUCCACACUCGGCGCUGGGCGAGGACGGCAACGUGGUCGUGAGGUUCCUGGGCGGCCUGGUCAUGGACCCCCAGUCGCCGAAGCGGAUCUGCAUUGGGAUGCUGGGCCUUCUCCUCAUGGUGGUGGCGGAUACGACAUUCUCGUGA